CCUGCUCUCCAGACUUUCACAGGAAGCUUUGUCUACUGCCUACAGUCUGUUCUUCCAGAAGGGAUAGUGAAGAGAUUGUUAGAGGAAAUCGGCUAUGUUCCAACCACCUCCACAGAGUUUUCACUGGUCAAGAAGCUGAAUGGGGAGGAAGCUGAACAAGCUGCAUUUGAACUAUUCCUUGCCAGAAUAGAAUGCGAAGAUCUCCUUGAAAUGGCAGAGGACGUCAGGGGCAGUGAUCUGGUGGAUAUCCUGCAGAAGAGAGGCCAGAAGCAUGGGUGUCCUGAAGGGAACCUAGCUGGAAAGCACCAGCCCAGCCAGAGAAAGGGAUGCCAGAGGGAAAAGAAUGAGACAGAAAUAGAAGGAUUCCUUGAUCCUCAGUCAGGAUACUGGACACGUAACAAACUGGUCGUUGAUGGAAGUGAAAGAACUGACCUCCGAAGUGAAUUCAUUCUUGGAUGUCCUGCAGAGCCUCAGCCGGUCACUUCUGAACCCACUCCUGAGCAAAACACAAGUGAAAGGAACCAUGAAGAAGCCUUUUCAACCUCUGGUAUCAAAAGCUCUGACAGUGAGGAUUUUUACAGCGAUAUCGUCAUUGGGCAAAAGCCUCUCCAGUUCACAGAUCUCCCUCCUAAAGCAUCCGAUGAUGCUGCUCAGGCGGCGGGAUUUGUUGGGACAAGGCUUCUGUCCCCUGAUGCUAGUGGCCCACAAGCCUUGGCAAUACUAAGCGAUGGCACUUUGGGAAGUAGCCGGUCUUACGACGACUGCAGAACCCAACAGUCUUGCAGGGCGAUGGUGGAAUCAAAGAUCUGCAGGGCUGUGAACUGUCUGAGCAUUCAUGGACCAGAUCCUACUGAUCAGCCCAAAGAGCUGAAAGGAAGCUCCAUUCUGCACAGCAGUAAACUCACAACAUACGACUUCUCCAGUGAAAAGGAAGUUCACGACUUGUUCUCUAGUAAGCCAAACAUGCAGAUGUGUAAGGGGAAGUUGAUGUGUCCUGUAGAGGAAACUGUGCAACAAGAACAAACAAACAGAACUAGCAAAAGAGACCCUCAGCAAUCUGACCAUUCUAAAAUGAAGGUUGUAGCAACUGGUGGAGAUAAACAGGGCUUCCUUGACCUCUAUUCUGCAACCGCUCUCUCCUGCAAUAUCCCUGGAUGUGAGUGCCCCACUGUUGGUUCAAAUUACAACAGAGUCCUAGAGGCCAUUCCUAGCUUAUGUGGAACCAGAGGGUAUUCUAGACAUGUUGGAGGGCAACCUAGCUCAUGCUGCACUGCUGCUCCUGAAGCAUCAUAUCAUGGUGUCAUUCCUGCAGAUGCUUUGUGCCAGCCAGAAGGAUGUUCUCUCCCUGCUCGUUCUGCAGGCUAUGAUACCUGUGUUGCACCAGUGAAUGAAUCUAACCCAGAGAGUUAUGUUCUUGUAAACAAAAAUGACUAAGAAACGAAGUCCAUGGAGCCUGCCAUCGCCAAACACAAUUCAAUUUCUUGGAGGAAUCAGAUUAUGGUGGAGUCUAGUGGCACAGGCAUGCUACCUUUUCGAUUCCUUUCCACAAUUCUCACUUGCCUUCGGUAAAAUUAAAAACAAGGAUUUAUCAGGGAUGCAACUAAAUCAGAGGUAGGCAACCUCCUGCUAUUCAGAUGUUGCUGGGCAGUAAAGCUCACAACUCCUUGUCAUGAGCUGUACUAGCUAGGACUCGUAGGGUUGCUACAGUCCAACAAUAUCUGUAAGGAUAUCCUGAACGGCACCUGCCUUCUCCCUUCCAGCUGAAUUAUAAGAGGCUCUUCUGAAUGCAUUCAUUCUGCACAAGUACAGCCGUCAACGUUGGGAUUCCUAACAGAAGACAAAUCAGAACGAGGUUCCACAGCAGGGGUAGGGGCUUGGUUCUCUAGUUGUUUCAAACUUCAUUCAGUAAGUCACUUACAGGUGUUUUCAGACAUAUGUACUGUGUCAUUGAUAUAUACUGGGAUAUAUAUGGAUGCUUAAGAUAUGCAAUAAUAUGGAAGAGUUGCAGAUGGAACAGAUAUGGAAGAGUUGCAAAUGCCUUCAGGGUUUGUUACUGAUCAUAGGUUUUUGUCAGUCCCUUUUAUUUGUGAAUUGUACUCUUAAUAAUAUAGCAGAUGAGAAUGAAUGUACACAUA